AUGUCGUCCGACGCCCCUGACGACUCUUCCGCCACGACAGACUCCUUCACGCUUCCCCUCCGACCGCUCAUCGAAAAGCGCGACCGUCCAGACACGCUUCCCGUCGAGAUAGCCCAAAUCAACGCCCAGUGGGGAUCCUUCCGCGAUGUGAACGAAGAUGAACUACAGGUUAAAAUCCAGGAGGAGAAGGACAAGGAGGGCAUAGAAGAUGAAGAUGAGGAAGAAAAACCAGCCGGCGAGGUCGAUUCGACAGAACGAUUGGAACAACUGUACAAGCGUCGUGCGGAGAUCACCCAAUUCGCUCUACAAGCACAAAUGGAAACCAUGUUUGCCCUCGAUUUCGUCUCCCUUCUUCUCUCGAAACACGUCCCUCGUCAAGCUGAAACCUCCAUGUCGGCUUUCCUCAAGCAAGCUGUGCCUCUUGGAUCGUUGAACUCCGAGAUUGUCAGCCCCCCCCUAAAGCCCGAAUCAGCGGCACAAGAUCCAAAGGUGGUUUCACGUGGAUGGAGACUACAGAGCUUUGAUGCAGCUGCCAACAAACUGCUCAAGUCUGCCUCCCGGUUGGAAACGGAGGUUGCGUCCGAGACCCGGUACUGGAGUGAGGUAUUGGCCGUGAAGGACAAGGGCUGGAAGGUGUCCAGGUUGCCAAGAGAAAGACAAGCUUUAGGCGUGCAAUACGGAUUCCUUGAAGCUACGCCGAUUUUCCGUGACCGCGGCCUGGCAUCUCUACGACGAGCCGAUGAUGGGAGCUUGAUAUUGGACAAGGGCUUAGUCCCGUCGAAAUCACGAAGAAUACGCGUACGAGUAAAGAUCAAUGAUCGGGUUACCGGGUGCUCGAAGUCGACCAGAUCCACUGCAGACGGCGAGGAGUCGAUUGAAACCCGCAUAUUGCAAGCGCGUGAUACUGUGUAUGAGGAAGAGUUAUUCCAUGAACUUGUACGCGAAGCACGGAUAAUGGGCGGCCAAGGGGUUACCACGCGACAGAAUUUGAUCCGGUUUGCAGUGUCCGAAGAACAAGAGAUCAUGUUGGACUUGGCAGAUACCGAUUUGGAAUCAUUCUCGGAAGAUACGGACGUGAUUGACUCUCACGAAGACGAUGUACUUGCUGAUGCCAUUGCCCACUCGACCCGCAUCCUCCUUUCCUACGCCCAUCGCCAGAACCUGCACAGACGCACCCAACCCCCGCCGCCGUUGUCUCAGAAGCGCCGACAUACACCUGAAUACCAACUCCUACGGCCGAUUCUUGCCUACCUCCAACACCGCUCUCAUGUAGAAUGGCUGGAAUCGUUCAUCAAGGACAUGUACGGAGUUCUAAAGUCAGCUGGAGUCGACAGUGAUUAUUCCGCCAACUUGUUUUCGUCCGUGAACCCCCAGCGCAAGAACCACAGUCUCCCCAAGGUCGAGGCCCUGGUCCAGGGAUUCCUCGUGCCAUUGGAAUCUACCAUCUCAGGUUCCCUUAUUACCCCCAAGAGUCCCUUCCGCGUUAGAAUCCGCACCAGUCUUGUAUCCCCGCCGUUUGGGACCAACUACGAUAUCUCUAUGACCAUGCCGCAGCACCCUGGUAUCCAACCACCCGCCCGCGUGGGUCUACGGAGCGAAGCAGCGGCCAUCAUCACCCAUUUCCUGAUGCUGGAUGUCGUGUCAGCCGUCUCGUCCUACCGUCCUCCGCCCGGUGUAGAUGGACAUCUAAUGUGGCAAGCUGCGUAUCCGCAUCACGGAGAGUUGCUGACCGUGUCGCCUACCUCAGGGGAACAUAAAAAGAAGAUGAAGGUGACAUUGACACGGGGCGAGAUGACCCUCGAUGUGUCGUAUGCCCGUGCAGCAGACGGAACCAGCAAGCACUCGCAGACCUGGAAAGCCGAUCCGACAGUGCCUCAACAACCCGGCUUGAUGAAAUUUGUCGCCGAUGUGUCCAAAGAGUGA